AUUUGCUCACUGUUUCUAUUUCUUCACUUGUUCUUUUACUGUAGGUUGAUACAUAAACCAGGAAGACUGUAAAUGGAAACAUCAUCCUAGUCUCUGCUCUCGACUGACUCUUUUGACAACACUCCCAUGAUGCGUCCUUUCUCCUCGCAACAUCCUCUGAACUGAUUUACAUCUAGGAAUAACCAAUUGGCAGAGAGAAGCUGUUAACCUACCUUGAUAGACCUAGAUGCUUUGAUAUCACAUGCAUCAGCAGUCUUUCUUAAUCUCCAUUUGCAACCUUUAACCUUUUGAAGUUCUGAAUGACUAAUCUUUAACAUUCAGAUGAUGGACUCUGUAUACGUGACAGUCCAGAGAGAGGAUUAUGUCAACAAACUGUUCAUCUCUGUUGUGAAGUUUAUUGAUUGCGAUGGAGGAGUGCCCAGUGGAGACAGGAAGAACCCAAACCUCAAUCGCUCUAGCUGAUCAACCUCCCUCUAUCAAAAAUCAUGAAUUGAGAUCAGCAUCAUCUGAAGAUCAACAUGCCGUACAUGACAGCAAAGCCAACUUGCACCAUCAUAAAAAGCAUGGGAAAAAGAGCAUUCUUGAUCAGAUUGUGCUGAUGAAACUGAACAAGAAGCAGGGUGGUGAUCUUUGCAGAACAACGACAGAAUCUGUAGAAGAACAAGUUGGAGAAAAUGAUGAGACAAGGGAUGCACAUGAAGACUCGUUCGCAACAAAACAGUGCGGAGACAAAAAGUAUGUUGGUGAGAAUGUGGUAGGAAAAAUGAACAAGAGGAAAAGAGGUAGACGUAUUCAGGGUUCGUUCUGGAAUGGUAAUAGUCGAGAGCAAGAAUUUAAGACUGAAAGAACGGAUGAGUUUACACAAAGAGAACAAAAAUGUGUAAGUGAUAAGGAAGUGACCGGAAGUCAUUAUGAUGGAGAAGCUGAUAAAGAAGGUUUGAUCAAAAUAGAGGAGAUGAUGGAUGCUGCGGUUGAUAAAGAAACAGUUGCUGAAUCAUCGAAGGCACCACAAGGAAUUCCUUCAGUUGGUGGAAGGUUUCAAGCUCUGAAUGCAAAACGCAAUAUCUUUAAGACAAGUGGCAAGCUCUUUGGAAUGAUGAGCAAGAUGGAGGAUCGCAAGAGACACACCUGUAGUGAGUGUGGGCGUAACUUCAACCAGCUAAGAGUUCUAACCAUGCAUCAACAGAUGCAUACUGUCAAAAGGACACCAUUCCUCCCAAACGAUGAGCAGAGUUCCAGGGAACAGACUUUAAAAGUUCGACAGCAUAGUGGGCAACAAGAACCUGGUUUGCGGGGGGAAGCUCAAAGUGAGAAAAAUGAUUUCUGCAAAGAGAUAGAAAAAGAAGUGGCUCAAUCAAGAACAUGCUUGCAGGAAAUUGAAGCUCAAAGUGCUUAUGAGAAGGAAUCGGGUGUAGGGGAAGAGGAAGAAGUGACUCAGUCAAGGAAUUAUUUACAGGAGGUUUCUGAACAGCAUGUAAAGGGUGCUAACCAUGUCAAAGCUACAACAAAGAAGCGAAAAGUACUUGAUCCUGAAAUAAGAAAAGUUGAUCUUGAAGAGUCUUGUUCAGAUCAAAAGGGAUAUCCAUGUGAAGUAUGCGGGAAGAUCUUCAGCUUGCCAUCUUUCCUCCGGAGACAUGAAAUAGUUCACACCGGGGAGAAAGCGUUUUCCUGCAAGCACUGUGGGAAGCGAUUCGGUCAGAAGGCCUCUCUGCAGCGCCAUGAACAGACGCAUGGGAGGAACCAGCCGUACAUGUGCAAUGAGUGCGGUGAUGGCUUUUCAUCUUCUCAAAGGCUAGAGAGGCAUGUGAAAGAAAGACACAGAGCAUCAAGCAAGGAAUCAGAUCUACCCCCUAUCAAAAUCUCUUUGAAAUCACCGAAACCUGAGGAAUCUCUAGCAACUGAUUGUGUUCUUGGAGAAGAAGAAACACUGGGGAAGGAGAGUGAAGCAGUAGAUACUAAUACAGAAAUGUAUAUGGAGUCAUCGGUCUUGGAACAGCCUAAAGAACCAAAGGUAUACACAUGCUUUGUCUGUGAGAAAACCUUUCUCCUACGCAGUCAUCUCCUUCGCCACAGUUUGUGCCACACUGGAGAAAAACCUUUUAAAUGUAAGGAAUGCGGCAAAGGUUUUACUCAAAAGUCCACAUGCCUGCGCCAUGAGAGGACCCAUUCAGGUGAACUCCUCUUCAUCUGUACCGAGUGUGGAAACAGUUUCGCCCAAAAGAGCGGCCUUCAAAAGCACCGUCGUAUUCACACUGGCGAGAAACCAUAUGGAUGUCGCUUCUGUGAAUGUCGGUUCACUCAGAAGACGACCUGUCAGCGACACGAGCGUAUUCACACUGGGGAAAAGCCAUACGUGUGCCAGCAGUGUGGGAAGGCUUUUGGACAGAGUACAUCUUUGGAGAGACACAUCAAAACGCAUGCAAAGGUGAAACAACCUGGUGAUGAAACAGAGCUAAAAUAACUGAAAUAGAUAAGAUUGGACUUGUGGUAUGCACUAUGCAAAAAAUUGAAUCACAAUGAGCUGCAAACUGGACUUUAAUCAGGCAGGGGAGGGGGUGUUUUGGGGGUUAAACCCCUCCCCCCUCAA